AUGGCCGAUGUGGGGGAUCGCAUGUUUUGUCAUGCCUGUGGCGGGGUAUGGCUACGCAGAGAUCAUGGGCUGGAAUGCCCACACUGUCACUCUGAAUUCACAGAAAUUAUCGAAAUUCCGCCAGAUACGGAAGAGGAAGUCCCCGACCCUCCAACAUCAGUGCCCGAGGACCGGUCAGCUCCUCCCAGAAACCCAUGGGCAGACCACAACCCUUGGGAUCAUGAUAAUAUGAACACAGAUACCCCUGACUGGGGCUCGGGCAAUGGAUUCCGUCACCACACGUACAGAUCGCCGGAUGGCCGGUUUACUUUUUCCAGCACUACAUACACACGACGUGGUUCGUCUGGUCAGCAAAUGCCGGUGGAUCCUCUUAUGCCUAUGGUCCGCGGGUUGGACACUAUCUUUCAUGGAUUGGCCGACACCUACCGGCAAACGGAGUACCGGCAACCGAAUGAGCGAGAUUCAUCACCGGGAUUGUGGAGGACUGACAGACAGAACCAAGGGUUCGGCCCGAAUGGUUCGAGGAUAUACAGCACGUCGUUUGAUAUUGACAUGAACACGCGGAGCAAUGGGGGCGUGGGGUCCGAGUUUCAUACGACAGGGGGGCUACAUCCUCGUGAUGCAGAUGGUCCACAGCCUAUGGGUACUCCUCUACGAACUCUGGGCGAGUAUGUUCUCUCCCUUGGAUGCGGCGAGAUAGAAAAGGUGACUGACUUGUAUAGUAUUCUUGAACUAUUCCGAGCCGAUUUUGGAAACAAUGGUCCACCAGGAGGUGGCCCCGGAGUCCGUGUCAUGACCGGGCCGAAUCCCAUUGCGAUUUUAUCGACUUUACUCAACCUUGACCGGCAUGGCGAUGCAGUCUACUCGCAAGAAGAGCUAGACCGGGUAAUAUCACAGCUGAUCGAUCAAAACGCACGGGGGACGGCGCCGCCACCCGCUGCUCCCAAUGAGAUCCAGUCUCUGCCGAAGAAGAAGGUUGAUCAGGAGAUGUUGGGUAGCGAAGGCAAGGCGGAAUGUUCGAUAUGCAUGGACCCGGUGGAAUUAGGCACGGAGGUCACGGUACUACCCUGCAAGCACUGGUUUCACUACAACUGCAUCGAGAUGUGGCUGAGCCAACACAAUACGUGUCCUCACUGCCGGCGAGGCAUCAACAUUCCGGCAGGACCCGAAGGAAGCAGCGAUAACCCGGUAGUCAUUAACAGUAGUCCGGAGACGUCUCCCCGUCGGCCGAGUGGCGCUGCUCCCGAGCAUAGCGGACAGUCGCCGCCACGGUGGAACGGGCCUGGUCCCGAGACGGGAGGACAAGAACAGGAUCAAGGACAAUCCAGUCGGAAUGAUAAUCAAGGUGGAGGCUUCGCCGGCUGGGUUCGAAGCCAUUUCGGAGGAGGCAACCAGUAG